GUUCAUUGGCACGAGUGUAGAAUUUUUCAGUUCUUCUUCUUCCUCGCCGUUCGACUUUGCUCCUUCGACGAUAUUACCUUCCUGUUCUGUUGGAUCGGAAGUUACGACAUUUUUUUUGAUCUGAAGCAACAACGGGAGCUCGCUUGCUGUGAAGUAGGGAGUAAUGGCGACACCUGAGGAGAAUGGUUCACUUUUUCCCAUAUUCAUCCUCACUAUGAUGGCUCUUUCUGUAGUGCCCUACACAAUCGUUAGACUAUCCCGUUCUGUAACAAGAAAAACGAGGACCAUCCAUUGCCAAUGCUCUGUAUGUUCACGUUCUGGGAAGUAUAAAAGAUCCAUUUUAAAACGGAUCUCCAACUUCUCUACUUGCAGUAAUCUGACAAUUCUGCUACUCUGGGUGAUUAUGGUGAUUCUAGUUUAUUACAUCAAGCGUACAAGUCGCGAGAUCCAACCAUUUGAACCAUUUAGCAUUCUUGGGUUAGAACCAGGAGUGUCUGAUUCAGAAAUAAAGAAGGCAUAUAGAAAGCUCUCCAUUUUAUAUCACCCAGAUAAAAACCCUGAUCCAGAGGCCCACAAGUAUUUUGUAGAAUUUAUCUCCAAAGCAUACCAGGCUUUGACUGAUCCUAUAUCUCGUGAAAACUAUGAAAAGUAUGGUCACCCAGAUGGUAGGCAGGGGCUUGAAAUGGGGAUUGCAUUACCUAAAUUCCUGCUAAAUUUUGAUGGUGCAUCCGGCGGGAUACUUCUUCUUGGAAUUGUUGGAGUUUGCAUUCUUUUACCUCUUAUAAUAGCAGUGAUAUAUUUAUCAAGAUCUGCUAAGUAUACAGGGAAUUAUGUCAUGCAUCAAACUCUGUCAACGUACUUCUAUUUCAUGAAACCUUCAUUAGCUCCAAGCAAGGUCAUGGAUGUCUUCAUUAAGGCCGCAGAGUAUGUGGAAAUGCCUAUCCGUAGAAGUGAUACUGAACCUCUUCAGAAGUUAUUUGUGGCAGUUCGAAGCGAGUUGAAUUUGGACCUGAAGAAUAUCAAGACAGAGCAAGCUAAGUUCUGGAAACAACAUCCUGCGUUGGUUAAGAUGGAACUCUUGGUUCAAGCACAAUUGACACGUGAGUCAGCCAGUUUAUCUUCUUCUUUGUUUAGUGAUUUCAAGCGGAUGCUUGAACUUGCACCUCGUCUUCUCGAAGAACUUGUCAAGAUAGCUGUUCUACCCCGCACUCCUCUGGGGCAUGGAUGGUUAAGACCUGCGAUUGGGGUGGUUGAGCUUUCACAAAGUAUUGUUCAGGCUGUUCCACUCAGUGCGAGAAAAGCAGGUGGGGGGAAUUCGGAAGGAAUAGCUGCCUUCUUGCAACUCCCACAUUUCAGCGAGACAGUUUUCAAAAAAAUUGCCCGCAAGAAAGUGCGUACCUUUCAGGAUCUGCGAGACAUGGGUAUUCAGGAACGUCACGAGCUACUUAUUCAAGCUGCUGGAUUUUCAGAUGCAGAGGCACAUGAUACUGAGAUUGUGCUUGAAAUGAUGCCAUCCAUUACUCUGGAAGUCACUUGUGAGACAGAGGGAGAAGAGGGGAUUCAGGAAGGUGACCUUGUAACAAUGUAUGCUUGGAUCAAUCUCAGUAGGAGAAAUGGUCUAAUUGGAGCCCUUCCUCAUUCUCCUUAUUAUCCUUUCCAUAAGGAAGAGAAUUUUUGGCUUCUGCUUGCCGACCCAGUGUCAAACGAAGUUUGGGUUUCUCAGAAGGUGAACUUUAUGGAUGAGGCUGCAGCCAUUACAGCAGCCUCUAAGGCAAUUCAAGAAACGAAGGAAGCAUUGGGUGCAAGUGUCAGAGAUGUGAGUUCUGCUGUGAUAAAAGCUAUUGAGAAGGUGAAGAGUGGAUCAAGGCUAGUGAUGGGUAAAUUCCAGGCCCCGGCCGAAGGGACCUAUAAUCUAUCCUCUUACUGCUUAUGUGAUGCAUGGAUUGGAUGUGACACAAAGGCAAACUUGAAGAUCAAGGUCCUAAAACGAAGUCGGACGGGGACUAGAGGCCAUGCGGUCGAAGAAGGAUCAGUGGUUGAGGACGGCAUCGAGGAGGAUGAAGCAGAGGAGGAAGAGGGUUAUGAUGAUUAUGAGAGCGAGUACAGCGAUGAUGAGGAUGAUGAGAAGGAGCAAAAUAACAAAGCUGUAAAUGGUGUCUUGAAUGAGAAAGGCCAUACUACUAGUGAAUCUUCAGGUUCUGAUGAAGAAUAACUUCUUUUUUUUUUUAAUAAUUUCAUUAUGUAGUUCUGAGUUUUCCACAUUUUAAAGUAAAAAAACUGGUGAAGAUUUACCUUUCACACUAAUCAGGGAACAAAAAAAAAAAGGAUCAACCAUUGUAUGGUGCGAUGAUAGAAGGUUUGUAUGCUGAUUUGAUGAGCAUCAUAUGCCGAAUCUGUUCCCACUUUUGAGUAUAAACUGCAGUUAUAUAAAUUGUUGAACUAUUGGUUGCGGCAGAUUUCAUUCUUCGUUUUCUCUA